AUGGAAAACAAACUUUCAACGCAGGAUGUCAUUCUUCAGAAGUUAUAUGGUCAUACGUGCGUUAUACCUGAUCUACGGUCGUUUAUGAAGAGUGAAUCGGGGGGCAUAAAUAAACACCGAACCUUGUUACCGCUAUGCGUUCAUGACUAUAUAGAUAGUCAAGCUGAUGCCAGUGAGUCCCUCAGCCUCUUACCAGAAGACCCAGCCAAGGCGCAAAAAGUAAAAGGUGCCGAUUUCCCACUACUAGCCUGCCUUUGGUGGCCCCAUGCAUCAUUCAGAAAGCUGCGUGUGUUGGCGUUUCUAGUUGUAUGGUUGAUUGUCUGGGACGAUGAACUGGACGGUGCCUCCCAGUUUACGGCGUACGACCUGAAUAUGGGUCAGCGAUUUCGGGAUGAAACACGUCGGUUUGUCAAAGCUAGUCUGGGAUUGGAAUCAGAAAAUCCCAACAACGUUACCGAAAAUGCUAUCAUUCGAGGGUUUAGUCCGAUAGCAGAUUUUAUUCGAGAGGAAUAUGAUGAGGAACAUAGGCUUACGCUGACGGAAGAGAUCAUUUUUGUUAUCCACAUGUCCAAGGUGGAACAGGAAAAUCGCCUUGGGAUGGACAUACCUUCAACCGAUCAAUAUCUUGCAUAUCGGCUUGGAACAAAUCUGAUGGGCGUGAUCUGCGCUGCAACAGAGCUCUCCAUGGAUUGGCGAAUUCCCCGUUCGAUAACGCGUGGCCCGUUGGUGAAGGACGUUUGGCAUCAAACGAACCUGAUAAUCGCUCUUACCAAUGACAUCUUGUCGCUCAAAAAGGAAAUUGAUAAAGGAGAAGUAUACAGCUUCGUACCCGUUCUUCUCAACCAAAACAGAACACCGCAAAAUGCAGUCGACCUUUCGAUCCAGAUACUUCAAGACUCCAUUGCAGAUUUGGACCGCAUCAAAGCUGAUAUUCUGGCAAGUAGUGACCAAAUUCAUUCAAAGUUCUUGGUCGAGUCUUGCCGCCGGUAUUGCACAGGAUUUCUCGAAUGGAGCCUUCUUACCCCAAGAUAUAAGCUCGCCACCGUGCCCAGAGAUCAGACAGGGGCCAUGGUAUUAUUGUUUUGA